CAGUGACAUCAGGGACCGCGCUCUCGUCCUGGGCUAUAAAUCCAGCAUGCACGCCCUCUUGGAUUCUUUUCUGAGACCCGGAGGAACGGUGUAGCUGAGAAGAGGCUUCCUGCAGAGACCAUGGCACCAGCUGGAGCAAAGAAAGGCAUUUUGGAGCGCCUGGAUGCAGGAGAGGUGGUCAUCGGAGACGGAGGGUUUGUGAUCGCCCUGGAGAAAAGGGGUUAUGUGAAAGCGGGACCGUGGACUCCAGAGGCUGCAGCCGAACACCCUGAAGCAGUGCGGCAGCUGCACAGGGAGUUCCUGAGGGCUGGCUCUAAUGUCAUGCAGACCUUCACUUUCUAUGCCAGCGAUGACAAGCUGGAGAACAGAGGGCACACUCAGCGUUUUACUGGGGAGCAAAUAAACGAGGCGGCUUGUGAUCUGGCCAGGGAGGUGGCCAACGAGGGCGAUGCUCUGGUGGCGGGAGGAGUCUCUCAGACGCCCACAUACCUCAGCUGUAAGAGCGAGGAGGAGGUCAAGGCCAUUUUCAAGAAGCAAGCUGACGUGUUUGCCAAGAAAAACGUGGACUUCUUGAUUGCAGAGUACUUUGAGCACGUGGAGGAGGCCGAGUGGGCGGUCCAGGUUCUGAAGAGCACCGGGAAGCCCGUGGCUGCGACUCUGUGCAUCGGACCUGAGGGAGACCUGAACGGAGUCGGUCCUGGGGAAUGCGCCGUCAGGCUUGUGAAAGCGGGGGCCCAGAUUGUUGGCAUUAACUGUCACUUUGACCCGGAGACCUGCGUGAAGACUGUGAAGCUGAUGAAGGAGGGAGUGGAGAAGGCCGGUCUGAAGGCCCACUACAUGUCCCAGCCGCUGGGCUUCCACACCCCCGACUGCAACCGGCAGGGAUUCAUCGACCUUCCCGAGUUCCCGUUCGCUCUGGAGCCCAGGAUCCUGACCAGGUGGGACAUGCAGAAAUAUGCCCGGGAAGCGUACAACGCCGGCAUUCGCUUCAUCGGCGGCUGCUGCGGAUUCGAGCCUUACCACGUCCGCGCUCUGGCUGAGGAGCUGUCGCCUGAGCGGGGUUUCCUGCCCGCUGGCUCCGAGAAGCACGACAGCUGGGGGAACGGCUUGACGCUGCACACGAAGCCCUGGGUCAGAGCUAGGGCCCGUCGGGACUUCUGGGAGACACUAAAGCCCGCCUCCGGGCGUCCAUUCUGUCCAUCCAUGUCCAAGCCCGAUGAAUGGGGCAUCACCAAAGGACACGCCGACCUGAUGCAACAAAAAGAGCCCACCAGCAAGGAGCAGCUCAACGCUCUUUUUGAGAAGGCCACCACCCACAAUGCCUGAUCCAACCCCUCCCACAGACGCCCUGCUACCCGAAAGAGAAGGCCUCUGAUUAACAGCAGAAGAACAUUCCCACCAAGUUUAUAAACCCUAGAAGAUUAGACCGUGCCUUUUUAGGACUAUUCUCAGUUUGUGUGAGAAAAUAAAAGAUAAAAAUAAAUGACUACCGUUUCACAAUAUCUCGUAGGACUGCUGUAGAUGUUUGAGUCAGAUCACAAACCAUGUCAGAUUACUGUACCGCGAGCAUCAAGCUACUGCCAUAACACUCCAAAUGUACCUGAUGUUGUGUGAAACUAGAAAUAAAUGAAUAAAAGCUACCAAAGAACCAAA